CAUCAUAUGCCUUCCGGAUUUCAUUUGAGAAACGGAAAUCAGUAGAAAUGGAGGUCUUGUUGAUUUUUAAAGCAAUUUGUUUGUCUUUAAUGACAAGAUUUGCCCAGGGUUUAACAUAUUGUCCAAAGGAAGCAUGUUAUGAUGACGACUAUUAUUGCUGUGACGGGUGGUGUUGUCAAAAUUACAGUGUUUAUCAAGUUUGGUGGUUCUGGUGUAUAUGGGUAGUGGUAUUUUUAUUGAUUGUAAGCUGUGUGGUCUGUAUCCGACGCAGAAGAUUGGCCAGAGCUCGUUACGUUAGAAUUGCACAAGUUCCAACUGGUGGCUACAACACAAUUAUCACUAAUCAAAGUCAGCAACAGUACACACAUGUUCAGACACCGAGAUAUUAUCAACCACCGACGGCCCCAAUGCCACCACAAUAUCAACAAACCGAGAUUCCGAAACAACCACCUCCCCCAUACCAGCAAUGAGCAAAGCUGAGUGAGGAAUAGAAAUGAACCAGUUGGAAUAAUUUGAGAUUUAAAAUUGCUAUAAUUUAAUAAAGGCGCAGUGAAUCAAAAUGGAGGACAUUCAGAUGAUUGUAUAUUAUAUUACUACUUAUUUUAACUGAUAUUUUGUACAUUAUUUAACAUGUUAUUCAGAUUUGUUUGUUAAACUUUUGUUGUAGAAUACUGCAGUGGGCUUAUCAUUGAAAUUAAAUGUAACAGGAAUUACAAUUUAAAAUUCAUUGUAUUAUUAUUUUUUUUGUAUUUUUUUCUUGCCUCUUAUGGAUAUUAAGUAUGAAUUAAAUGAUUUUUUCAAAACAAAAAUUUUUGUUUUUGUUACAAAGAACAAUGUAGCUUGCACAUGCAGUACUUAUUUAAAAUAAUCUAUAAAGAAAAAUUAUCUGCAGAUUUCUAUUUAGAUAACAAACAAAAAUCACAAAAGAAUUAAAAUUCUCCACAAACAAAUGGAAGAUUUUAACGACCUUGACUGGCUAUACAACCCUUGCACGGUCGGUAAAUUUCUCCACAUUCAUAUCUUUUUCAUUUUAUAUAAUCUUGAACAUGUUAAUGAUUUAAAUUUAUUUGUAGAUCUUGAUGAUUAAGUUAAUAAGUUUCAUUGUGCAUUUUGAAUUUAUUUAACUUUCAUCUGUGAACAUAUGGUUCUUAGUACUUUUUUUUUUACAGUGACCAAAAUAUGACAAAAUAUGUAUUGCAUGCUGCAUCAAACUCAAAGAUUGAUAUCACCUCUCUGGCUAAUUGGGUUCCUAACUUCUUAGUACAUGCAAUACACAUUGUACCAUUUAUUGUUCACUAUAUCAUAUAUUUGAACAAGAUAUUUCUUGGAGCUUUUUCCAAAGGGUUAUAAUGCCCUAUGCCUUAUAGAGUAUUUGUUAAAGGCUGUGUUUUAUGGGGUUGGAUAUAAGUUCUAAUGAAUAACUAGUUUCUUUUAUCAGAUAUUCAAAACAGCAUUAUUAGUAUCUUAAUAUAUGAACAUUAGUACUUUGAUAUAUAAUAAUUUUUGAUUUUUUUUUCAUAUUAGGGUAUCUUUUUUUAAUAAAGAACUUUCUUCUGUUGAUGCAUGUUGUAUUUGAAAUAAGAUGCCAAUGUUAAGAUAACCAUUACCAAUUGGAUAUUCCUAAGUUUGAUAUUCGACAUAAUUUAUGUUUUUCUUUGCUUUUGUCUGCAUAUGUAAAUGUUAAACAGAAAUCUGUAUUUGACACAAGAUAUUAAAUCCAUAGUUAUAAGGGUAAUUUAUCAAAAUGUUGUUUGUUAAUGAAAUAAAUAUUUGUACAUUUUA